UUGUAUGUCAUAUCUGUGAUAUCGUUAAAACAUUAUUAGUUUUUGUGCCAAUUUCACGAUGUAAAAUGUGUGUUUAUACAAAAUAAGUGUUUACUUUGCAGAAGUGAAGAGAUAAAAAAUAACAAAAUGGAUAAUUUGAGCCUUUUAUGGCAAGAAGCCGAAAAUAUUCAAAAGAUGUUGCCGUGGAUUGAUGAUAUAAUAGACAUUAUUCACUACAUGAGCAAAAUUCCCUCUGAGUUCUGCAAUAUUCGAGUACCAAUAUCCCUUGAUUAUUUUUUAAAACUCAGGGAUAAAGGUGAAGACAAUUUGAAAACGAACAUUGAAAAUGAUGCUAGGGAUAUCGAAAACUUGUUGCCGGACACAGACCACAAUGCACUAAUUACUAAACUUCAAAGUUUAGGUAAUGUACCAAAUCGCAAAGAAGUAGCUAUUAGGCAGCUAUUGAAGGAUCGGAAAGACUUGCCAACUAUUCAAAAUGCUCUCUCAAAGAAGGUAUCAGAAAACUCCAACAAAAUUUCUGAGCCUAGUGAAUCCAAAUUAAUUGAAAAAUCUGAGUCCAAUUUAAAUGAAAUGUCCAAGUCCAUUGAACUCAAUUUGAAUGAAAUGUCCGAGUCCAUUGAACCGAAUUCAAAUGAAAUAUCCCAGUCCAAUGAGCAUAAUUUCAAUGAAAUGUUCGAGUCCAUCGAGACCAAUUUAAAUGAAAUAUCUGAACGCAUUACUUCCAAUUUAAAUGAAAUAUCUAAGCCCAUUGAGCAUAAUUCAAAUGAAAUGUCUGAUUCCAUGGAGACCAAUUUAAAUGAAAUGUCUGAAUGUAUUGCGUCCCAUUUAAACGAAGUAUCUGAGCCCAUUGAACAUAAUUCAAAUGAAAUGUCUGAUUCCAUCGAGACCAAUUUAAAUGAAAUGUCUGAGCGCAUUGCGUCCCAUUUAAACGAAAUAUCUGAGCCCAUUGAGCAUAAUUUCAAUGAAAUGUCUGAGCCCAUUAAGACCAAUUCGAAUGAAAUAGAUGAGCCCAUUGAUUUUAGUUUAAAUGAUAUAUCUGAGUUCGUUAACACCAAAGUACAGGAAAUAUCCAAGUCUAGUGAUCCUGACAUGGAUGAAAUAGCCGAUCCUAGUGCGCCUAACUUAAUUGAAAAGCCUUUUAGUGUCUACCAAAAUAUUAGUCAAGUUUCAGAUUUUCAAAGGACGUUUUCAACUAAUAUGUUAGAAAUAAACCUUCUUUCAAAGCCGGCAAUAGCGAAAUCGCGAGCUGUCUCAGACGCACCUGAGCAUUCGUUUGAUUCACAAGACAUUACAACAGCUGAACUUCUCAAUCUAGAUUUACCCGCAACUUCAGUUCCAAACUUCGCCAAUACGGAAGACAUACCAACUACUGCGAUCAAUCUUAGCUUCGAGGACGCAUGUCGUAGGACGAUAUCGAGCCUCACAAGGCACGCUGGCUCAUCAAAUACUAAUUCAACUCAAUACGAUAUGCAAAAUCCUCCAAUGAACCAACAGUCUUCUAACAACGCACCGGCUGGUGACUAUCACACCGAAUUCAUGACCCAUACAGCCACAGUUACAAGCGAACAUGCGCCAGCAACCACAGCAUACGGUGGAAUUGUUUCUGAUCAGUCUCGAUGUCGGAUUUGUCCUCCAAUAUUAGGUGCAUACAACGAAUUCGUUUACGGGAAUCCACAGGUCCAGCCAGAGAUCCGGGUCAGGCCUAACUCGGAAUUGCUGAUGGCCCGCAGCCUCUCGGACGACGCUCGUUUAAGGCGAUACAAUCUACUUAACAAUUCCACGAUUACUUCGUCGUCCGCGUUAAAUUCAAAUUCGGGAAGGGAAACGAUGAAACGUCCUCAUUCCGCGGAAAACAACGACGGCGCAGCGCAAGAUGCUGCUUCGCGACACAAUCCGUUCCUCGACGGCAUCGGAUUCGAUCAGUUCCAAAUCCCGGGUUAUCUGUUACAAAACGAUAAAGCCAGCGAACCUCCGCGAAGAAGGAUCGCCGUCCAGAAGGCGAAGUUAUACUGGGAAAAUGACGCCGUUGAACUUGUACCAUCGACAUCAACAUCGAAUUCGAACAUCAGAAUCCGAGAAGUCGAUGACGUAAAACCGUCGCUCACGAACCCGGAGAGCGUGCACAAAGAGAUGCUCGUGGAAGAAAUCAGCGACGAUUCGAUACCCGACGACGCUGUUCUGGACGAUAAAUUGGUGAGGAAAUUAAUGGAAGUCUUUCCGGACGCUUGUUCCGAUUACAUCAAGCGAAUAUCCAAAGGAAAGACGGUCGGACAGUUGAACGAACUGAUCAACGGCCUGUUGGAGAACGAGUACCCGAAGAGGAGCGCCAGCCCGCCGAAGAAGUUCGAUCCCGACGAGCAAUUCGAAUUCGUCAAGGCCCUAUUGCCCGACGCCGAUCCCACCUACUUGAGACUGAGAUGCGAAGGCAUCGGGAACGAUCCGGACGCCUUGAACGCGUUCAUCAACAACGCCAGGGAGUUGAAGAACUAUCCCACGAUGAAGGAGUACCUGCAGAAGCAGAAGUUCUCCGCCCAAUGCAAGCAGUACACCACCGAAUUCGCCGUGGAGCAUUUCGUCGAGGUGUUUCCCGAUCCGGAGGGCUCGUUCAAGGACGCGAACAGAAAGUGCGUGAUCGACGAGUACGCCAAAUCGUACAUCAGCAAGUUCUUCCGGAACAGGCACUGCAAAUUGAGCGUGGUCGCCAUACAAUCGGUUUUGAGAAAGAACAACUACAGAAUUAUGGCGUCCGAGGAGGUUUUGCGCGAGGUCGCGCCGGAUUUGAAGAGAACUCGGGCGCAGCAAAUGCUGGUGGAUCCGCCGCUCAACGUCGCGGUUCUGCAGGAGAUCGCCUAUCUCGCGCACAAGGAGGAGAUCGAGACCUACAUGAAGGAGUUGAAGGAGAAGAGGGAGGCGGAACGCCGCGAGGCCAAGGAGAAUGGUCUGUUCCAGACCUGCCAGUGCUGUUACGACGACGAGGUGAUGCCGAACGAGUUGUUCACUUGCCCGAAAGGGUGCGAAUUUUGCGGUAGUUGCAUAAAAAAGAGUAGCGAAAUUACUCUCGGCAAAGGCGAAAUUAAUGUUAAAUGUUUGAACGAUUGCAUCGAAGAGUUCUCUAUUGCUGUGUUACAAAAGGUGCUACCGCCUAAGAUGUUUUCCGUAUUGGCCCAGAAGAAGGCCGUGGCCGAGGUGAAAGCGGCCGGCAUCGAAGACCUGGAAACCUGCCCGUUUUGCGACUUCGCCAGCAUACCGAACGGCGCCGACAGGAUAUUCCGCUGCCUCAAUCCGGACUGCAUGAAGGAGUCGUGCAGGUCGUGCAAGAACGAGAACCACAUCCCGUACAGGUGCGACGAAGUGGAGAAGGACGACGAGGUGAAGGCGCGCGUGUUCAUCGAAAACCAAAUGACCGAGGCGCUCGUGCGCACCUGCUGGCGUUGCAAGAGGAAAUUCUUCAAAGAGGAGGGAUGCAACAAGAUGACGUGCACGUGCGGCGCCAAGAUGUGCUACAUAUGCAGGGAGCCGCUGACCAAUUACUCGCAUUUCAACGGCAUCGGCGGCGACAAGCAUCACCUGUGCCCGUUGUAUUCGGACAACCUGAAGUUGAACCACGAAAGCGUCGUCGAGGCCGCCGCCACUGCCAAGACUAAAGUCGACGCGUCCAAGCUUAAGGUGGAUCCGACGGCGGAUCUCGAAGAGCAUUAUAAGAAGAGAGCGAAGAAGCUGCCGGUCGAACCGCACGUGCACGUCCUGAAUAGGUUCCAAGGGGGGAUACCGCGGCCGCAAAUUAGGUUUCAAGGAGUCGUACCGCGACAGCCGCACAGGGGAAGAGGUCGCCGGACCAAUAACAUUCAUUAGUAGGUGCGAUUUAUUGAGAUUUUUUUUACCGUUAUUAGAUGAGAUUUUAAAAGAAAAACCAAAAAGUUUGUUGUCUAUAAAUUAUAUGUGGUUAGUUUUGUACAUGUUCCCGUUUUCGUUUUCAAACACUAAUUCUUCAUUCGUAACUUUGAUAAUACGCAAGGAUUGAUACAAAAUCGAUCGUUUGAUGUUUAUGAUUCAGUGAGAACGGUCAAAAUUGUUUAAAUUAUAUGUCAAACUUGGUAUAGUUGAAAAUCGCAGAAUUUGAAGAUUUUUUACUGUCAAAAUUGCUUAAGUAAACUGUCAAACUUAGUAUAGUUGUCAACUGUCAAACUAGUGCUAAUAAUUGUCGAAUUUUGGGGUUGCGAAUGAAACUGGUUCAAAUCUAUAAGACUUUUGAUUAUCGUUCACAGAUAGAACGCCGAUUGCUCAACUGUCGAGCGUGAUGGAGCGAUUCUAUUUUACCGAAUUUAAAUUAAAAUUUGUUUUAUGGUCAUUUAAAUCGGCUUAUUUAAAACUUAUUGAUUUUUUCCAGUUGGUGUUGUGAACUGCUAUUUUCUAACUAAAUAUAAAAAGCGAAAAUGUUGUGUUGUCUAUAAUUUGUAUUAGCGAGUUUUUGUAAGUUUCUAUUUUUGCUUUCGAAGACCUAUGGGCAAUUUUGUAAAACUUUUAAUACUCUAAUUUUUAUAUAUACACACAUUUAUCAGUGAACAAAGUUAUACGAAAUCUGCCAUUUAUCUCGAUAUAUUUAGUUAGUCAAUAGAUUAGAUUUAAUUAAAAUUGUACAUAAAAUAAAAACGUUUAUUAUGUUGUAUUUUUCUAUAUAAUAAAAGGAUAUUUUUG